AUGUCGGCAGCGGUGGUCGACGAAAUUAGAUCUGCUGGUCGAUGUGGUUGUAAAUACGGUAGAGUGGAGGUGGAGGGCGACGAAGGUGAAGUCACCAAAAAAGGUAGUGUUGCCGGAGAAGCUGGUGUUAACACAAUUUCUAUGAAAGAUUCAUGUUAUAUGUCUAUUUUCUGGAUGGAAACCCUAAACUUUGGAGUCUUCCGAUUUGCAGGUAUUUACUCUGUUUUUGAGAAUUCAUGGAUGAGCUCACACAUAUUCAAUCGAUGGAUGAGCUCACACAGAUCAAUAGGAACCACUAAUGGCAACACUGGGGAGACACAGUCACUAUUAGUGGCGUGCACCCUUUUAUCAAAUUCGUUCCAUGUACCAACUCAGGGAUGUGAUCCGUAUGUCGAAGUCAACUAUAAAGAAGAACGAUUAUACCCCAACCACUUGAUAUUAAGAUUUAAAAGAGAGUUUCACUAUGCACCCCAACUGCUUGAUGAAAUGCUUGAACCAGGCCCUGUCAAGCAUGACACCUUCAUUCCAGUUUAUUUGCUACUCCCUGAAAGUAUAAAAAUUGAUGGUACGGUCAAACAAAUCUUAAAAUCAGGAAAUGGGGAAGAUAUUGGACUAUUUGACAAGGUGAGCUCCUUCGUUUGUUUAUGUGUGAAAUCUCAAUUGGAGUAUCUUCAACAAUGCUUGCGAGGGUAUGAGCAAUUUGGGAUUUCAAGAAAAGGAUCCAAAUAUGUUUCAGAUCAGUAUUGCACCAUUUUCUAUGACAAGGAAAAGGUGGAGUUAUUAGAAGGAGGAACAUUUUGGUUAUCAGAAUCUCCUUCUAUUCCUGAAAGCAUAUCAUGGGGGAGUGAAUCUCCUUCCAUAGCCACAUGGGCAACCUUUCAAAUGAAAAGAGUAAAGUCGCCUGGUUUUUCAUUCCAAAUAGUGAAUACAAACAUGGAUGAUUUUAGCCCUCGUGCUCGUAGGCGAAGUGCAUUGCUGACGUGGCAGUAUAUUGCUUCAUUACCUCCUAGCUUGCCAGUUCUAUAUUGUGGAGGUUUUAAUACACAAAAAGAGUCAACCACAGGACGAUUUCUUUUGGGGAGAUCAAGGUAAUUAUACCUUAUUUAAAGUCUGUUUGAACAUGGUGUGGUAGGUGGUAUGAGAGAUGCAUGGCCUAAUGCCCGAUUGAGGAAAAAUGUGUCACUUGUACGCACCUUUCAUGGAUUUAAAGGCAGCAAACAAGGAGCUGUUGAGUUCUUUAAGUUGAUUUUCUGUGCACUUUGCCUGUGUUGGGAUCGACAAACUCAAGAUUUUCAUGUAGAUUGGAUCCUGUUUAGAGGAAGAUCAUUGGUGCCUGUUUCAUGUGAAGUUGUGAAUGAUAAUAUUGAUGGUCAAUAUCUGUAUUCUAAUUAUCCAAUCUUUGUUGAAUUCAUGCUUCCAAGAACAGUCAGACUCCUUGAUCCGCCACCUGUCCAAGAUGAUGCAACUUCUCCACUUUCUUGAUUUGUUUAUUUGUUUAUAUUCAUUCAAGUUAUUUGCUUGCUUGUUUGCUUGGUGUUUCUUGAUACCAAAUGCUAUUGCAAUUCUUGGAAAUUUUGUGGGAUUUGAUUGAAAUUUCUUGACUCCAUUUUUA